AUGCGCCGCGCCGCCGCCCCACCCACCUUGCAUGCCCCUCCUCACCACCACGCGGAAUUGCACGCCGACCUCCAUGCUCAUCUAGAUGGUCUUGAGACGGACGUGUAUCCUAGACUUGCCGAUCUCGAUGCGGGAUUGCACACCAUUCUCUCCCACCGUGAGCAAGCGUGGCUGCACGAUGUGGGCAUCGGAUUGGACGGCCUUGACGCUAAUCAGAUUCUCCUCCAAUUGGGAUUGCAUGCGCAGCUGCACCUACGACACACCCUUACGCGCGGCUGCAAGUACGCCGCCGGCGCAGGAAAACGUAUCAGUUGUGCCAUAUGGGAUGACGGAACGCCGGCCUGCACGCAAGCGUUGGACAGGCGCACCCAGAGUAGCGAGUGUUGCACGUUGGCCUCUGAAGAUUCGCGGUGCACUACAGGCAGCAUUGCAAAUUCCGCGUGCAUUGCAAAUUCAGAGUAUGUCCUUUGUUUUCUCACUUUCAUGGAGAUAAAGUCCUUUGUGUUGUCCAUGUAUAAAUUGCUAGCUGCAUGUAUAGGAUACAUAUCUACAAUAUGAUGCAAAAAGAAUUACCUGGAGUUACGACACAUGUGUAAGAAUGUGAACGUUGUAAAUAUGUUAUAAUCUAUUUGUAGUA